AGCCGCUCGGCGCGCCCCGGAGCUGCCUGCGGUCUCCCCCUUGUCUGCCCGGAGGAUUGGGGCUCCGGCCCGCGCCCAGUGCCUCCGUCGUCCGGAGUGUGCGGAGCUGGGAGCGGCUUGGCCAUGGCCGCCAGGAGGGACUCCGUGUGGAAGUACUGCUGGGGAGUUUUGAUGGUUUUAUGCAGAACUGCGAUUUCCAGGUCGAUAGUUUUAGAGCCCAUCUAUUGGAAUUCCUCGAACUCCAAAUUUCUACCUGGACAAGGACUGGUACUAUAUCCACAGAUAGGAGACAAAUUGGAUAUUAUUUGCCCCAAAGUGGACUCUAAAACUGUUGGCCAGUAUGAAUAUUAUAAAGUUUAUAUGGUUGAUAAAGACCAGGCAGACCGAUGCACUAUUAAGAAGGAAAAUACCCCUCUUCUCAACUGUGCCAGACCAGACCAAGAUGUAAAAUUCACUAUCAAGUUUCAAGAGUUCAGCCCUAACCUCUGGGGUCUAGAAUUUCAGAAGAACAGAGAUUAUUACAUUAUAUCUACAUCAAAUGGGUCUUUGGAGGGCCUGGAUAACCAGGAGGGAGGGGUGUGCCAGACAAGAGCCAUGAAGAUCCUCAUGAAAGUUGGACAAGAUGCGAGUUCCGCUGGGUCCACCAGGCAUCAUGAUCCAACACGACGCCCAGAACUAGAAGCCGGUACAAAUGGAAGAAGUUCAACGACAAGUCCCUUUGUCAAACCAAAUCCAGGUUCUAGCACAGACGGCAGCAGCGCCGGACAUUCCGGGAACAAUAUCCUCGGUUCCGAAGUGGCCUUAUUCGCGGGGAUUGCUUCAGGAUGCAUCAUCUUCAUCGUCAUCAUCAUCACGCUGGUGGUCCUCCUGCUCAAGUACCGGCGGAGACACCGGAAACACUCGCCGCAGCACACGGCCACGCUGUCGCUCAGCACGCUGGCCACCCCGAAGCGCGGCGGCGGCAACAACGGCUCGGAGCCCAGUGACAUUAUCAUCCCGCUGCGGACUGCGGACAGUGUGUUCUGCCCCCACUACGAGAAGGUCAGCGGGGACUACGGGCACCCCGUGUACAUAGUCCAGGAGAUGCCCCCCCAGAGCCCUGCGAACAUUUACUACAAGGUCUGAGACUCGGAGGUGCCUUGGCUUUCCCGGAGGAAACGUCCUGGCCCGCGGCCGCCCGGGGAGGGUUUGAUGACCCCCUGCGCGUCGCCUGGACUGGAGCGCAGCGGGGGAGAGGGAACGCCGCUUCUCGGGAGAGCCCUGUUGAGUUGGACAGCUUCUCUAGUGUGAGCGCCCCGGCCGCGGCCGAGACAGAUGCUCGCCGGCCGCGGGGAGCGGGGGGCGCAGAGGGGGCCCCGCUGGGACUGUGGCGCUCGCCUCCCACCCCUCCACCUCCAAGCCAUGCGCUGCCGGCACUCGGGCCUGCGGGGAGCCGGGGGAGACCGAGCCUCCCGGGCAGGGCAGGAGUCCCGGGCCGCCGCGCCUGGACCUGCAGUCCUCUGCCUCGGGCGCUCCUGCUGCGGAGCGUCCGGACUUGACACACAGACCUCGGGCUGGGGGAGGCUUCCGAGAGGUCCAGCUUCCAGUCCUCCCCAUGGCACCCCGUCCCCCCAGCGCCCCUGCCCGAUCUCCGGGGCUCUGCCGUGCUUCCCGGGAGAGCCCCUCUCCCUCUGCACUCUGCAUCACUGCUGGAACACUCACGUCUGGGGGUCUCCUGCUCCGCGCACCUGCAGCCACGGCUACCACGGAAUGGGUAAUACACUUCUAGAAAUGGUGUUUGCUAAUAAGGCGCCCCAGGCGGGGCUGUGGGCCGCGGAGUUCGCGGAAGGGGGCGGGCUGGGGAAAAGGGCUGUCUGCAGAUGCAAUUCCAGGCUGCCGCCUCCAAAGCGGAGUCCGGUGGGGGGGAGCCCCGUGAGUAGCACAGCACUUUGGUUUGGCUGAGAUUUUAGGAGGCAAGUAGGAGACACAACACCACUCACAGUGGAGGAGGGUGCCUUUGAAGGAAUCCGCCCUGAUCGCAUGGCAACGUGCAGGAAAACCAGAGUCCUCUUCGCUGGGGAGAACAAAGGGGCAUUGUUGGGGGAGGAACAGGCCAGGAGGGAAGGGAGCCGUGGGCGCUGAUGACGGAUUCGGGCAGGACUGUUGUGGUGCCGGCAGUAAGAGGUACCGCUUGGAAGCUGUAGGAGAGUCGGUCUGCUUUGGAUGAGGUCUAGAGCGGACUCAGCUGCUAUCCUGAUCACAUUUUAUUAAACACAGGGAAAGCAUUUAGGAGAAUAGCAGAGAGCCAAAUCUGACCUAGACGUUGAAAAGCCAAAGGUCAACAGGCUGUAAUUCCAUCAUCAUUGAUGUUAUUGAGGAGUUCUGUUAUGUAAAAGGUAGGUCAGAAUCCCCGCCCCCUCCCCCCAGUGCCCCUCCCCCAUCCCCUCCGCCACGGAGCCUCCCCACACGUUGGUUU